AUGGAUGGUGUUCAAAGGCGACGGGCUUAUUUGAGCCUUUACACAACAGGUAACGUUGCUCAUUUUGUUUUGAUCAUAAUUAUAAUCUUCAAGGCUCCGAUUACUCGGAUGAUGAUGUCUCAGUUCUGGUCGAAUCAGACGAACAGGAUGAUCAUCUGUCUUUGUCAGGAGAUGAAGAAGAGCCACCGGAAGGUGGUCCCAUACAUUGGGAAUACGUGAGUUGAUAGCUCUGAGAAAAAGUAGAGUAAAAUGAAUCAUUUUUCAGUGUAGCUCAUCGACCGAAGAAGAGUCAGAGCCUGACACAAGUUAUCCAUUCCGAAGGCUUCCUAGGCGACCGAGGGGAAUAGCCAGGCCUUUGGAUUUGACGACGAACCAGGCGGUGGUCGGUUCGGCGGAUAACGUCAGCGUUUUGUCGUACGAAGAAAGUGAUAUCGAUUCUGAAGAAGACGAUCCUAUGCUUCUGAAUGAUGUUGAUGUCCAGAGGGCCAGAAACGGUUAGUUUGAAAAAAAAGAUUUGAGCAAUGGGACGCAUUUUAAUGAAAAAGAAAUGCUGUAUAAAGAUUGCUGCUGAACCUCAGGGAGCUCUUUAAUGAGCCGUUUUCUUUUCUUGUAAAGUAAAUGAAGAAAAUUUUGACUGUUUUUUAAAGUCUGUAGACGCAAAAACAUCUUAUUUUUCAAAUUUUUUUGUUUAUAGAAAUUUCCAUGAAACAUGGUUCGGAAAAAUUUCAGAAAUCGAACCACUGCCAACACGGGAAGAAAUGCUCAAACUGAUCCUAGAUUACAUGGUUUUUCAGUGCCAUCGUAAGGUUAGUUUUUUUUUCAUAAAGGAAAAAUAUUCAUAAUCCAAAAUUUCAGCCCGCCGAAACACUUUGCGCCGAGUUUGGUCUUGAAUUUCCGCAUGAAGAGUUCAAAAUCAUGGAUUUUCGUAGUGAUAUUAAUAAUUGUAUAUUGAGAGGAGACAUGAAGACGGCUAUUGAAAAAGUUUGCGGAACAAAUUUCAGAGUUAUUGGUGAUUAUUUGAUUGAAGAUAGAAGAAAUCUCGCCGAACAUGUUGGCUAAUAAUCAGGAAGUGCGAUUUUUGGUUCAUCGACAGAAUCUGGUUGAAAUGAUACGGGAAGGGUUAGUUUCUUUUUUUUCAGGAUUUUUUGGAUUUUAGUUCCGUAGAAGUGCUUCCUUUCAUUUUUCAAAAUUCUUCCGAUUUCACAAAAUUUUUAGGCUGAUAUAGUUUGAAUCAUGCAACAAAUUCAACAUAAAAAGCUCACAAACUGAAAUAAAAAAAUCUCAAAUUUGAACAAAUUAUUUUUUUCUAUAUAUAUAUUUUUUUCAGCGAAACUGAGCAACCUUUUGGAGUAUGCGAGAAUAAACCUCGCCUCGGAUUUGACAUGGAACGACCAACAGUUGGAUCAACUGGAGAAGGUUUUCGCGUUGAUGGCCUUUGACGUCAAGGACGACUCGCCUUUUCACACCCUCUACGGACAGGAGCAACGUGUCGCUGUUAGUUUGACAACUGGGAACUAUAAAAAAAGAAACAAGUUUAGAAUGAUUUAGCGACUUUUUUUCUUAAAAAUUAAAUAUUUUUCGGUAGAAUUUUUGUUAAAUUUAUUUCUUCAAAAAUACCUGUCAAAUUGGUAGCACCUUUUCAAUUGCAAAAACGGCAGCUCUCGAAAUGGCAGCACCCAAAAAAAUUUUUCAAUCGGCAGAGUUUGAAGUGGCAGCGCCCAGAAUCCACUCUCAAAAAAUUACUUCGUUGAAAUAGCAAGCUCACAGUGGCAGCGCCUGAAAUGACAGCUUAUCAACUUAUAAAGUUCUAUCCUCAUUCCGUUUUAUUCAAGAUUUUUGUCCAGCCAAAUAUAAAUUAUGAAAAGAAACGCUGUCUCGUCAGUAAUUUUCACCUUCAGGGUCAUUAAUCUAAAUUCUAAACAAAAACCGAAAUUUCAUCUCCUAUCGGGAACUUGUAGGUAGCGAAAGCUGUGAAUCGGACGUUGAUGACGUCGCUGAACCGACACUCGGAGUCGCGGCUCGCCAUGAUGUUCAAACUGCUCACUUGGGCCAAGUGCGAGCUCAUCAGCUUAUCUACUGAUGAUUCUUAUGAUCCUCUCGAAGUUGCUCACAAACUUUUCGGCGAAAAGAGGGAAAUGUUCGUUUUUAAAAUAUUUUCUUUAAAGAAAUUGUAAUUUAGUAGUAAAAUGCAAACUCCAGAAACACUUUUGACUCCUAUUAAAUUCUGUAUUUUUUGCAACGAUCAUGGCAUAAUUCUCUUUAAAAAAUAAAGCACCCACUUACAGAGACGCCUUUGCAAAUUCGGCAAUCGAUUUGGACGAUCCGUGUGGUACGAGAAGAAAUCCACGCUAUGAAGAACCAAUCGAAGAAACGUAAAAACGAUCAAAGGUUUCCAUAAAAAUAAUAUCACGAUUUUCAGGUCUUCACCAUGA